CCGUGUUACUUUGCAGAUGGAAAAAAAUACUGUAAUACUUGUGAAUUCUCCUUUCCUGAAGGAUUUUUUUUAGAUAAUCCAUGGAGUGUACAAGAGCAGCUAGCCAUAUAUCCAGGCUUUCUUGGAUAUACAUUUUUUUGCCAGAUGGCAGUUGAGAAAUCCAAAACUUUUCUGUGUUUUCUGGCCACUCAGCAGAGGAGUAGCUCUGGCCACGUUGCAGACAUUUAGGAAAUCUUCAAUGUGCCUAUGGCACACAUUCUGCAGAGGUGACCCGGCCAUUUGCAGGAGCAGGUGACAUAUUCAGGUCAUGUUGCAUUUGCGCUGUAUGCAAUGACAACACGUAUAUAAACAGCUGUGUGGGAAAUCCUGGCUGUCAAAAUACAUCAACCCUAACCUGACACUGAGUUGUUUGUUUGUUUUUUUUUUUACUGAUACAAGAGAAACUCAAACUGUAAUGGAAACUUUUAUUUCUAUUGUCUAAGUAGAUCAGCUCACCCAGUUUGAUUAAAGUUACAUAUUUUAAAAUCACAUUCUGCUACCUUUCUUCUGUGUCAUGUCUCAGAUUAUCUUUGUUUUCCCUCUUGUUCAUCUACAAGUAUUUGCUGCAGAGCAGCUAACGCCUCUCAUAAAACAUAUUCAAUUCACUCUGUGACAAAGCAGAUUGAAUAGCUUUGCUCUUGAGCCUUCACAAUCCCACAGCUGAUGGGAACAAAUCUGUAAAGGAGAGCUCAGCAGGGUGUGCUGCAGCCAAAGACCACCCAAAUUAGCUGGCAGGCAGUAGGUCUUGGGGUAAGGGAGCAGGAGAGAGGAGCACGAGGCAGGCAGGAGGACAUGACCUAGGAGCUCUCCAAGCUGGGAAACUGGUAAUACUUUACCCUAAUACUUUGGGAUUUGAAGAUAUUUUCCGGUACAGAUGCAAAUCUGUAUUUCUUGUUCCUGUUUCUUUUCUCCUAUCUAUCCUAUUUCUUUUGGAUUAUUCAGUUGCAAUUUCUAGAAAUUGCAUGAUUUCAGAAAAGUAGUAUCCUCAUACUAUGAAUAAAUAUAUUGUAAUUGCAGGAUUUUAGUUUUCACCUACAGUAUAUGGGCAUGCCCAUCCUGUGCAACUGUUUUUAUAAAAAAGUCUGACUUAGCAAUUCAAACCAACUUCUGUUAGAUAGAAACUCUCUUGGCAAGCAAGGAAAUGUGAUUGCAGAGCCUGAAAAUCAAGUGGAAUCUUACAGCAGUGUGUCUGCUUCACUGUGUGGCACAGGACACUCUAGAGCAGGUGUUCUUCACUCCUUACUUGUACAUGGUGGUACCUCUUAGUGACAGCAUUCUCAGCUGCAAAUGAAGAUGCCAAGAAGCUGUCAAACUUCAUACCAUUUUUAAUUCUUCUGAUGUUUUACAUUUUCCUUCCUAAGCAGUAUUAGGUGAAUUAUCCAAGGUUAAUUAUUGUUAAUAGUGUAAUGAAGUAAUUCUGACGCAACAUUAAUACUUCUAUAGCUUAGGUAGGAGGAGACACAGAGGCACGUCCUUUUCUACUAAAUAUCCAAAUGUUUUUUCAGUUGAAAAAAAGAAAAAGUAUAUUGGUAGGAUCAUUAGUAGGAUGAUUCCUUCAUGUGUCAUUUAAUUACAGGGGAAGCACAGAAAACAAAAUGAUUUGUUUUAUUCAAUGCUUUCUGUAAACUACAAUAGACUAAGCUUUUGUACUUAUGUUAAACUAUAAACUGCUGAUGUAUAUCUUAGCAAUAAAACCUUUCUUUCAAAAAAAAAAGACUGUCCUCAAAAGCUGUUUCAGCCUAAUUGUAUGAUCCCAACUACGUGUGUGCUUUAAUAACAAAAAACUGGAACUUCUGCCUAAACUGCUGUAUGAUGUACUACUGGUGCUCCCCCAUGCAAAAUAAUUCCUCCUUUUGUUCUUCUUUUUUCAUAGAUUUGGCUCUGGGUUUGUGUUCUGGAGACGGGAUCUGUGCACGGAAUAGAACACUUUAUUGUGAGGUUUCAGGUGCUGUUUUUGGGCUCAUGCCAUCAUAUCUACCAGGCCUUCAGUGGGGCCAAAUCCCUCCUUCUCCCUUCUCCCCUAUGGACGGGACUUCUAAUGAAACGAGCCUGAGGCCUUCUAAACCUGCAGGAAGCCAGUACCAGCCCUACAUUGGCCUGGCUCUGGCAGUCAGUUCCAACAUCUUCAUUGGAUCCAGCUUCAUCCUGAAGAAGAAGGGCCUCCUGAAGCUGGCCACCAAAGGAGUUCCCCGUGCUGGGCAUGGUGGGUAUUCCUACUUGAAAGAAUGGCUUUGGUGGGCUGGACUGCUGUCAAUGGGAUUGGGAGAAGCUGCAAACUCUGCUGCUUAUGCCUUCGCACCAGCAACCUUAGUUACCCCUUUGGGUGCACUGAGUGUUCUCAUAAGUGCUAUAUUGUCAUCCUACUUUCUGAAGGAGAAGCUGAAUAUUCACGGCAAGUUGGGCUGUGUUCUGAGUGCUUUGGGUUCUACAGUCAUGGUUAUUCAUGCCCCAGAGGAGGAGGAGAUCACCUCACUGGAUGAGAUGGAAAUAAAACUGCAAGAUCCAGUGUUUGUUGCGUUUGCUGUUCUCCUAAUAUCUGUUGUCCUCGUGUUGAUUUUCAUUGCGGCUCCACGGAGAGGUCAAACAAAUAUACUGAUCUACGUUUUAAUUUGUUCACUUAUUGGUGCCUUCUCUGUGUCAUCUGUCAAAGGCCUGGGCAUUGCCAUUAAAGAAAUGCUGGAGUGGAAGCCAGUUUAUCGACAUCCCCUGGUUUAUGUUUUGGUGGGAAUCCUAUUGCUCUCAGUCAGCACCCAGAUCAAUUAUCUCAACAAAGCACUGGACACAUUUAACACAUCUCUAGUGACACCUAUUUAUUACGUGUGUUUCACCACGACAGUGGUGACAUGUUCCAUCAUCCUGUUCAAGGAAUGGAGUGGUAUGGACCUGGAUGACAUCCUUGGGACCCUCAGUGGAUUCUGCAGUAUAAUAAUCGGAAUUUUUCUAUUACAUGCUUUCAAAAACAUUGAUAUCACCUGGAGCCAGUUGAUGUCCAGCGUUACAAAAGAAUCAUCAUUGCCACACUGCGAGUAUGAAACCUCUCACACUUUACUGGAAAGCAUGGAAGACCCAGCUGUGUUGUAUGGGGAAGACAAUGUUUUAUUCAGCCAAUGAAACUCUCAAGUGACAGUUUCUCGUUCCACUGUCAUGAACUGCAGACUUACCUGUAUCUACCAGACCACUCUUCGUCACUGCUACCCUCUGGAAAACUGCCUGUAAAGGCACGCUCCUCUGUGUGCCAGAUGUUGGUAAUAAUGAAUUAAAAUGUUCAAUAAUUGACAUGAGGGACAGAAACCUGGUGGUUAUAAUAUGUCAAGAAGUGAACAACUUUGUCUAUUUUUUAUGCAACAUCUCCUAUUGGAGAAUUUUAGCAAGAAAGGGUUUUUUCCCACAUCUUGGGCUGUUCAGGGUGAUGCCUGCCAGAGAUUUAGCAAGAGAGCUGGAUUAUUAAAAAUGACUUCUGAUCAGCUGAGAUAUAUAUGCCAAGCAGAAUCUCUUCAUACAGCAGGCUGUGUAAUGUGCAAGCAGUAGAGUAACUGUUGACACUUCAGGUUCCAUUGUUCUGUGAACAGAAAGCUCACAAUUUUUCUGUAGGAACAAAACGGUUGCUACUGCUUGCAGCACGCUUGCACACAUGCUUGUGUUGUGCCAAGUUUAAUCCUGAUGCCAAAGCCAUGCACUUCCUUUCUGAAAGGUGUUCAUGAAACUUCUUACUUGUUAAUGACUUUUAUUUUAGUGAGGAUUUAGAAGCUAUCAAAACCUGAGAAGUGGCUCUAGGGAUACUUGAAGUUAUUUCUAAACUGCAAGCAUCUUUUUUUUCCACUUGAAUAGGUUUGUAAUUGACAUACGUACAGGAGGAAGUAGCAAUUGUACCAAUCACCUAGACAUUAUUUCUAAAUCCUUGAUUAGAUGAAGCAGGAAUUCUGUAUUUCCUACUAGACCUGCUUAUCUACUUUUAUGUGUAAAUAACAUCUACUAGGAAAAUAAUGUUAUUUUCUUGCAAUAUCAGAAAAUCAAAGUUGAUGCUUAUUUCCAUGGUGUACAAGAACUCAAAAAUGUUACAAAGUAAAUUAUUAUCUUUUGUAUAAAAGCUUUUACUAGAGAUAUUAUUUUUGAAACUGUUCAUAUUUACUAAAUGAUUUGGAAGAAGUUUAAUUUUUACUGAAAUUAUGCUAUUAUUUUUCUUGUAAUAAAUUAUACAUGGUUUACGUA